AUGACAAAAUCACUAAAAGUUUUAGUUUCAUCUAACGAUUUCCCCGAAAGUGGAAUGCACGUUUUAAAAGAGCAUUUCACAGUACUCCAAAGCCGCUACAUCAAUUUCGGAGAAGAAGGUUUAACAAAGAACCGAGAGGAAUUACUGAAUCUCAUACCCGGAUGCUCGGCACUCGUUUGGGUCUCUCACCACCCCAUCACAAAGGAGCUGUUAGAUAGAGCCGGACCUCAGUUGAAGAUCGUGAGCACGGUAUCAGCUGGCUACAACCAUUGCAACGUGCCCGAGCUAAAGGCGCGCGGCAUCAAGCUGUCAAACACACCCAACGUGCUUAGCGCAGCUGUUGCUGAAAUCGCAGUAGCUCUCAUGCUCGGUACAGCUAGACGUUUCACAGAAAACUUGGACCAAGUUCGCAGAGGAGAAUGGGAAAUAGGCUUUCAAAAGGUACUCGGACAAGACAUAGCAGGCAGCACUGUCGGUAUUGUUGGGUUCGGUGGUAUAGGACAAGCUGUCGUCAAGCGUCUACAUGGCUUUGAAGUUGGCAAGUUCCUUUACACUGGACACCGGGAGAAGCCUGAAGCCAAAGAUCUAGGCGCAGAGUUCGUGAACUUGGAUACACUGCUGACGCGAAGCGACUUUCUUGUGCUCGCGGUGCCUCUGACCGAUGAGACUAGACUCAUAAUCAAUAAAACCACGCUGGCAAAAAUGAAGAAGAACGCCAUCCUUAUCAACGUCGGCCGAGGAGAAUUAGUCGACCAAGACGCUCUAUACGACGCAUUGAAGAAUAAAGACAUUUACGCCGCGGGACUUGACGUCACUUCCCCCGAGCCUCUGCCAAAGGAUCACAAGCUGUUGACACUGCCCAACAUUUUCAUACUCCCGCACAUUGGCAGUGCGACGGUAGGCACCCGUGACUCCAUGGCUGUACUAGCUGCGAAAAAUGUUGUGAACGCCCUCAAUGGAAAACCAUUAUUAACACCAGUUUUGGAAUAA